UCCCUUCACUCCCCUGUACAACAGAGCCCAGGCAAGGGUUGUCGUGUUUACGUUGGAAAUUUGCCCUGGAAAGUCACAUGGCCAAUUUUGAAGGCGCACAUGAAAAAAGCCGGAGAAGUCGUCAGGGUCGACAUUUUUGAGGACAUGCAAGGAAGGUCAAAGGGAUGCGGUAUUGUAGAAUAUUCAACUUUUGAAGAGGCACAGGAGGCCAUAAACACCUUAAACGACUCCAAGUUGGAGGACCGACUCAUAUUCGUCAGAGAGGAUCGAGAAGAAAACUCGGGAAACUACCAAAAGGGCAGGUUCAACAGCGUGAGGAAGGACAAGUUGUACGGCCCCCGAGGCAGGCGCGAUCUUGACUACAGAAGGGACUUUAGAAGGGAUUACCCCCCCAGAGAUGGAUACAGAGGAGACUUCCGAAGGGAAUUCCGAAGAGAUGACUUUCCAAGAAGCCAAUUUGGCAUGUCCGGAAAGAGAAAUUGCACCCUCAUUGUUUACAACUUGCCACCCCAAAGCACCUGGAAGGAAUUAAAGGAUUUGUUUAAGAAGCACGGUCGUGUUGUAAGGGCAGAUUUAAGAAAUGAGGAAACCCCAUCCAAGGAAAUCACAGGAACGGUUAUAAUGGAAAGUGAGUACGACGCGAAAAACGCAAUUGACGCGCUUAACUUUUGCAACUUCGACGGGUACAUUCUGAAGGUCAACUUCGACAACACAGAGUAA